AUGUGUACCACCCACAGGAAUGGCAGGAAGUUUGGCAUCACAGUGGACCUGAGUUUGUCAGAACAGAUAAAUGAGACUUCAACUGAAUCAGCAGAGUGGAUCCGUUCUGUGUUAUCCCAGCAGCAGAUGUGGCAUGCAGAAUUUGUCACUCUCAACCUGCUGCCGUAUUUCUCGUCUGGCGUCUCUAGCUCUGAGCAGGACCAUGUUGCUUUAGUCAAGAUAUUGAGCCACAUGAAAGAAAACCUCACUGCAUUGUCGGAUAUUGUUAAGGUUGCUUGUAUCAUCCCAUGGAAGCCACCUUGUGCAGAGAUGGAACCAUUUUGUGAUUUCACCAGCCUCUCCACAGAUGCUUGCGACUAUUUUGUCAUCAGCCCGGACAGUUUUACUGACGUUGACAAUGUCAAAUGCAGAGCAAGAGCGAAUAUACCAAUAUCCAAGCUAUUAUAUGGUAUCAGUGAAUAUAAUUCUCAUCACAUCCCCAACAACAGGAUGAUUCUGGGUGUAGCUUGGCAUGGCUAUGACUACACUUGUGAGACACUCAAG